GUCUACAACACCCCGCAAGCCUCUUCUUUCUUACAGUUCUAUAUUUAAGCUUGCCAGGUGGUUAAUACGUUUAUAUAUUGAUGUAGACUUAUAAGAAAACAACUGAGGAAAUGAUGAUGGGGAUCAUUAUGAGAAGUGUUAAGCUUGUAGAAAUGUUGCCGUUUUCGGUGAUGGUGGUUAUGGAAGGUUCUACAAUUUUGUUAACAAUCUGGGCUAAAACCGCCAUGACAGAUUAUGACAUGAGCCCUUUUGUGUUUGUUGUCUAUACUCAUGUUCUAUCCUCGAUCAUCCUCCUCCUAUAUUCUUUCGUCUUUCACUGCAGAAGUACAAGUGCUACACAACAAUCACUCUUCUCCUUCGGUCUCUUCGUUCGAUGCUUCCUCUUGGGUUUAACAGGGAUAGCUGUAUCUCAAAACCUUGCAUUUCUUGGCUUAAGUUACAGUUCUCCAAUUCUAGUGUGUGCCAUGGGCCUAAUGCUACCUACUUUUUCCUUCUUGCUCUCUAUCAUCCUCAGUACUGUAAUUUUAAGGAGGACAAAGACAGAUUGGAGAAGCUCAAGCUUCCAAGCCAAAGUAGUUGGCACUAUAAUAUCAAUCAUGGGGGCAAUAGUAGUUGAACUCUACAAGGGUCCAUACAUAAGACCAUCUUCAGUUUUGUCCUCGUCUUCAUACUCGGUCUUAUUUCAGAAAGCAGGACAAUAUUGGGUCUUCUCCUCACCAGCAACAGAACAUUGGGUUCUUGGUGGAAUUUUAUUGGCAGGAGCCUCUAUAUCUGUCUCAGUAUGGAACAUCAUCCAGAUAGGAACUAUGAAACUAUAUCCGGAAGUGGAAGUAAUGAAAGUGGUAUCAUAUUAUAGCUUGCUUGGGACUAUCCAAUGUGUUAUAUUCUCUUUAUUCAUAGAAAGAAGCCUAAGUGCUUGGAAAUUAAAGCUCAACAUGGAUCUCCUUCUCAUUGUUUUAACAGCAUGUUUUGGGGGUCUAGUUCGAAGCCGGGUUCACAACUGGUGCAUAAACAUGAAGGGGACACAUUAUGUGCCAAUGUUCAAACCAUUUGGCAUUGUUUUCGCCACCAUUUUCGGUGUCAGCUUAUCGGCAAAUAAUCUUCAUUAUGGAAGUGUGUUAGGAGCAGUGGUGACCGGAGUAGGGUACUUUACUAUAAUGUGGGGGCAGAUCAAAGAAGAUGAAGAUGAACAAUGUGUUAAUCAUAAUGAUCAGAGCCAUCUGGAAUCUACAAAUUCUGAAGCCAAGGUCCCUCUCUUGGAAGAAGAAAUCGGUGUAUAGAUUAAUCUCAAUUAGACUAGAUGAAAGCUCAAUUGAAGGCUGCGAAAUAUGAAAAUUUUCACUGGCAAGGCUCAUUACUCACAUCUCUUAUCACAAGUUACAGAUAUUGAACAACAACGGAGAAUCAUUUCUCCAAUUACAUAAUAUUUAUCCAGACAGUGAAUCAAUUCGUAUCGUAUAUAUUGCAGUUGCAGUUGCAUUUGCAGAAGAACUUGGAGAUCAACUCAUCAAAGCUUUUUGAUGAUUUACAAGGAAAGAUGGAUAUUUUUCUGUGAAUAUGGCUGUAUAGUUUGUAAUUGUAUAUAGUUUGGGUGUAGUGAGAGAAAAUUUCAUUUAUGGAAGAUUGCAUAAGGUGUCUAGAAACAUGUACUCUAUACAUGGGGUAACUUGAAGUUCUCUGUUUUUACACUUUUACCAAA